AUGAUCCCGCAGUACUCCGGCCGCAACCGUGGGCCCUCUAAGGGUGGGCCCAGUGGUGUUCAGCGGUCGUAUGCUUCUCAGCUUAAGGAGACCGAGGCUCUCUUUAACAGCUACGAGCACCUGCAAGGACUGGAACGCGGAGAUGCAGCACUUACGAUGCUUCGCAAGGUAGCAUCGCUGGUCAAACCGAUCAUGCGGAAGCGUGGGUGGAAAGUUCAAAUCUUGGCCGAGUUUCUCCCAUCAGAGCAGAACCUGCUGGGUUUGAAUAUCAAUAAGGGCUACAAGAUUUGCAUUCGGCUACGAUAUCAUAACAACCCGGAUCUGUUCCUUCCGCUCGAGCAAGUAGUUGACACAAUGCUUCACGAACUCUCCCAUAAUGUGUGGGGUGAGCAUGACAGCAAUUUCCACAAGCUAUGGGAUGAAUUACGAGACGAGCAUGAGACCUUACUUCGUAAAGGCUACACUGGAGAAGGUUUCCUAUCUGAAGGCCACAGGCUCGGUGGUGACAGGUACAACGCGCCGGCGCCACACGAUAUGCGCCGCCUGGCCCGCGCUAGCGCGGAAAAGCGACACGCACAAGGCCAGCUGAGCAGAGGUUCCGGGCAGCGGCUGGGAGGCACGCCACUGCAUCUGCAUGGCGGUGAUGCGGAAGAGGACGAUGCAAAUGAUCGAGCGAUCGCGCAAGCGCUGUAUGAGUUGUUGCAGCAGGAGGAAGAACGGAAGAUUCAGAAUGGCACCUUUUCCAAAGUUCCUGGAGAUGGUGGUCUGGCCUGGAGCCCGUCAACCGGCCUCUACGAUCCACGUCUGAGUGAAGACUCGUCUCAAGGACGCAAGGUGCCUGACGAAGAUGAGCAACUGAAGUGGGCAUUGCAGGACAGUAUGUCGCAUCCAGAGAGUUCGUUGUCAAGGUGGUCUCCCGUCUCGCCUUUGACACCACCACCAAACGCUCAAGGCCAAGAUCGUGCGAUGUCCGCGCCACCAGUGCCGAAUAACACCAAGCCCAUCGUCAAUAGUGUGACGCAGACUGCAACAAACAACGUAAUUGCCUCUCGUCCUACCGAGGUUGCCGAUGCACGGCCGGAGGCAGCUAGAGUGCCGCCACCGUCAAGAACAUCGACCACUCAAUCAGCAGUCCACGUCGACCUCUCCGAGCCUUUCGACCCAGACCUAUGGACCUGCAAUAUUUGCACCUGCAUCAACCCUAUGCAGUACCUAGCCUGUGAUGCUUGCGGAACCGAACGACCGCAAGCGACGCCAGCGUCACGUCCAGCGGCGGUGGCCAGGUCGCGUACUGUCGGAAGCAGGCAGCCGGCGGCUAUCUCAGCGACACUAUCGCUUCCGCACCCGAUACAGCGUCUCGGGUGGAACUGUGAGCGCUGUGGUGCGUUCAUGGAGCACCGAUGGUGGACUUGCAGCGCGUGUGGUUUGAUGAAGAGCGCGUCGUAAGUGCAAGCAUUAGGCGAAUGCACUUGCCCUUCGCUGGCAAGGUGACUAUGAAUAGCGUAGCAUUCAUUGCAAGCGGUGAUCUUCAGCGCAUCAUUCGCAGGCAGCCCGACGGUCUAGGUAUCGUUCAGAGAAGAUUGCGCGU